CCUGUGCAGUGCUGAUGGUGGUGUUGUGUCUCCUCAGACAUGCAGUCCUGCAGCGUCCAUCACUGUGUCCUGUUCUUACUCACACUCACACUCACCACUGCUGGUGUAUCAGCUGCCGUCUGCUCUACAACAGUGAAGCUCCAUCAGCCUGUGACUCUCUCGUGUGAACAUAAAUGUUCUGGUUUAGUCAAAUGGAGCUUAUUUUAUAAUCGAGACGUUGUCCUGGCUCGGUGUAAUCAGACAUCAUGCAGCUCACAGGAGGGCUUUACCAUCUCUCAUGAUCAGUAUAAGAAGGGAGAUCUCUCUCUCACCAUCACUAAAGCUGAUUACAGUCUGAGGGACACGUACUCGUGUGAAUGUUGGUUUUCAGAAAUCUCUACUGUACGUCUUAGCAUCGAGACCAUGUUCUCAUCAGUUCAGAAGAGUUAUGGUGAAGAUCUGAAGCUGGACGUGUAUGUUCCAGAACCAGUGGAGGUGAUUUAUAGAGGCAGAGACUCAGCUGAUGGUGUACAGAUCUGUACUGUAACUCAAUGCUCACUACAGUGUAAAUCUGAAUACACACCCAGAACAUCACUCAAUCACACAGAGAUCACACUGAGAGACGUGACGCUGAGUGAUAGUGGGACUUACACCAUCCGGGACACGGAGAAUAGUGAAGACAUUAGUGUGUACACCCUCUCCGUGACAGAUGACCGGGUUCCAUGGUGGGGAAUUGUACUAAUAGUGCUGCUGGUGGUGUCUUUGCUGCUGGCACUCAUCGGAUUUAUACAAUACCGAAAGAAUGCAAGGUAUCGGGUCUUCAUAAAGGUGAGCAAGCAACUGGGAAAUGUGAACAAGCUUGUGCAGCAAGCUGAGCGCAGCGUCAAUGCCCCAGAAGCUCUGCAGAAGGCAGAAGAGGCGAUGAAGGAUCUGGAGAAGAGCUACAGAGAGAACGCCAAAUAUUCAGAACAGAUCACGUUGUUCUGUGCAGCCAAGAGAGCGCAGCUGAAACUCUACAGUACUGGGGAAAAGGAACAACUCCUGCUCACUGACAGAGGAGAGAUCAGAUCAGACCUGCACAACGAUCUGAAGUCGGACCACUCCUCUUCACAAAACUGUUUCAGUGUAGCAAUAUUCUUGGGAUGUCUGGUGUGAAUCGCUCUCUUAAGGUCAUGCCACAGCAUUUCAAUCGGUUUGAGAUCAGGACUCUAAGUGGGCCACUCCAGAAGGUGUAUUUUGUUCAGUUGAAGCCAUUCUUUUGUUGAAUUACUUGUAUGCUUUGGGUCGUUGUCCUGUUGCAUCACCCAAGUCAACAAUCAACAAUUCAAAAGUCAACAAUUCUUGAUCGUAGGUGUUCUCAGAGCUCUUUUCUGCGAGGCAUGGUUUACAUCAAGCAGUGCUUCUUGAAACCAGUAAACCCAAAACUGGUGUGUUUUUAAAGGCCAGGACAGCUUUAAGCAACACACCCAAUAUCAUCACACUGAUUGGACUCUAUGUGUAUGGAUAUCUUCGCAACUGGUGUCCGUACAUACAACAGCCAGACACUUUUCAACCUAAAUAACCCGGUUAAUGAUAUCGACGAUGAGCUGCGGGAAAAGCUACGCGACCUCGGCUUGCUGCGUGAACCAGGCCUCGAAGCCUCGGCGUUGCCUGAUGCCGGAGGCCGGAGGAAGGGUCAUCGGAAGCGGUGCGCGAGGAAGCGGAAGCGCGGCAAGCGGGCGGGAGUCUGUGCUAGGCUAAAAACAAACCCUAGCCGGCCGGCUCUCCCGUCCAUCAUCUUAUCUAACGUCUGCUCCCUGGACAAUAAAAUGGACUACAUCCGACUCCAGCAGGCUACACAGCGUGAGGUUAGAGACUGCUGUGUCUUUGUUUUCACGGAGACAUGGCUCAGCGACAGAGUACCGGACGCCGCUAUUCAGCUAGACGGGCUAGCCUCGUUUCGCGCCGACAGAAAUACAGCUCUGUGCGGUAAGACUCGCGGUGGCGGCUUAUGUGUUUACAUCAACACGAAAUGGUGCAAGAACUCUGUGCUAGUUUCUAGUUAUUGCUCAUUGCUAGUGGAGUUUGUGAUUGUUAGAUGCAGACCUUUUUAUUUACCACGGGAAUUCACCACUGUUUUCAUUAUCGGAGUGUACAUUCCACCUAGCGCUAAUGCUAAGGAAGCGCUAUGGGAACUGUAUACAAAGAUCAGUGAACUGCAAAAUACACACCCGGAUGGACUGUUUAUUGUUGCUGGAGAUUUCAACCAUGCAAAUCUCAAGUCAGUGCUUCCUAGAUUCCAUCAGUAUGUGGACUUUGCAACGAGAGGGAAAAACACGCUGGAUCUUGUUUACACAAACAUCCCCGGCGCAUAUCGGGCAGAGCCCCGCCCCCAUCUCGGCUACUCAGACCACAUCUCUGUUAUGCUAAUUCCAGCAUACAGACCACUCGUCAGGCGCUCAAAACCGGUUCUGAAGCAGGUGAAAACCUGGCCAGCAGGAGCCAUCUCUGCUCUUCAGGACUGUUUCGAGUGCACUGACUGGAACAUGUUUAGGGAGGCUGCAACUUACGGCGACUUCACUGACUUGGAGGAAUACACGUCAUCAGUGACCAGCUACAUCAACAAGUGCACCGAUGACGUCACUGUCUCCAAGAACAUUAUCUCACGACCCAACCAGAAACCGUGGAUUACUGCGGAAGUGCGUGCACUUCUGAGGACCAGAGACUCUGCCUUCAAAGCGGGAGACAAGGUGGCCCUCAGAACAGCAAGGGCCAAACUUUCUCGGGCCAUCAGAGAGGCAAAGCGCGCACACGCCCAGAGAAUCCACAAUCACUUCAGGGACAGCGGCGACACACGGCGCAUGUGGCAGGGUUUACAAGCCAUCACUCACUACAGGACGACAUCAACUGCCUGUGACAGUGACGGCUCCCUUCCAGAUGCGCUGAAUAACUUCUA